AUGCCCGUGAGCCAACUAAGACCAAGUGAACAGCACGCAUCGCCACACCUAAAUUUUAUUGGGACUGUACCGUUAGGCACAGCUGGGCACGAAGGCUUUGGGGACUUGCAUCGAACCACGACCCUUCAAGCCGCCGACAUAUGCGGCGGUUUGAAAGACGAGUCGAUGAAGCGUAACUGUUCUCUUUUUGCCCGCUAUAUUAGUAUACCUAUAAUAGGGAUCGCCGCUUGCUGUACAGUGCAGAAUAACCGCCAUGGACAGGCUAUGAUGAUUGUACGAUGGAGACUCGGAUCUAAAAAAGUGAAUGUCCCUGAUGGCUUGUUUCUUGCAGCACAAGAUUACAGUGACAUGACGGACUGGCUAAAAAACCUGAAAAUCAAAGAGCACCCAUCAAAGGAUUCUCCUCCUGUUGCUGAAGAUCCCCUGGAGAAUGCCUUUGCCUUGCUGGACUCGACCACCAUGGGCAGUGUAGACAACCAGCACAUUUUGGUCGGACAGCUCCUUAAAAAGAGCACGGUGCAGCGCCUAAGCAUUAGAGGAAGAAUGCAAAGGUGGUGGAGAAGAAUAAGAGGAAGACCAUUACCAAUGCAAACCAAGAGAGUGCCAGAUGCCCAAGAAAUUGUCAGCCAAGGCUGCGAAUUGUUUACAAGCAUGCCACCCCAUGCAGACCCCUUGGCUGUGCGCCUGGUGACUGCCAUGCUAAUUAAUGGGUACACGUGUCCCACAGAGCAUUCCUUACCUCGCACUCAGAGGGUAAUGGUGAACGGAAAGCCGAAGAAACUUAAGGAACGCAGCCUUGUGGAGGCCGCAGCCUUUAUCGCUAUCGAGGCGCUUUUCAAUGCCAGCGACUGUGCAGAAACCGAGGAUUCAAAAGACCCAACCUGCGAACUUAUAGAUCAAUACAUGGCCAUGCAAGAUCAACAGAAACUGACCCCAGAAGACGGCACUCAAGGAAGCACGCGAAUUCCAGAAGACGUGCCACGAGCCUCCUUUGUCGACUCUGGGGAAGAUGAAGCACAAAACCUUGAAGACCCCACCACAGAUCCCCGAGAUUUACCCGGUGCCGCUGCUACUGACACCCCACAGCCGUCUCAAGGUGCGAGCUACACCCCUGAAGAUUUAGGCGGCACCCCUGAAGAUUUGGGCGGCACCCCUGAAGAUUUGGGCGGCGCCCUUGAAGAUUUGGGCGAAGCCCCUGAAGAUUCGGGCGGCGCCCUUAGAAUAGAGGAGAUCGGUACACCUGGUAGCCCACCGCGCGGACGUACGGAGGAGGAAAAGGAACGCAUCCGUGUUUUCGCCAGGAAAGCGGCUGCCAGCGCGGUUGUUAUGGCUCGUAUAGGCUUGCAAGUUGGGAGGCGUAAUUCUGUGGCUUUUCGGCUUUUACUAAGGAGCUCAACGUUUUGUCGUCUCACUGUCCGCCUGUUAUUGGCGUACAUGAAGGACAGGGAUCUGCUGCCUCAGACAGACUUUUCCCUCUUCCUGAAAGACCUGAAGCGAGGAAAGCUGUUCCUGAGUAUUUACCUCAAGUCUUUUGUGGAGCUCAGCACAGGCAGUACCAGUUUCGGCUACCUGUCGAAGGUAAUUGCUGCAGCUAUAGCUGAGGAGAGGAUCGUGACUCACGCAAGAGGACAAAUGGUACAAUCCUUUCUGCAGGAAGGAGUCGAACCAAAGCAAUUGGGCCAUGCUCUCGAUGUCGACAGCCGUACGGCUAAAGUGUUAGCCACCGGCAUCAAUGUGGCUACAAGUACCUUGCUAGUCGUCCUGAUAUUGACUUUAGUGUUCACAGCUGCUCCAGCAAUGGCUCCCGUGGCUGUGAUCUUUGCCAUACUUGUUGGCAUCCAGGUUUUUGUCACUGUAUUCAACUUAGUUGUGCCCCGAACCACUUGGAGUAAGAUCACUGGUACAGUGGAUGAUUUUGCUGGAAAGCUUGGCAUCCGAGUGUAG